AUGGCUUUACCAAAUGCAUGGAAUACCGAAGAUAAGUCUGAACUUUUAAGCGUAAGUCCAGAUGGGCUUACUGUAAAUUACACAGGUAAUUCGAUGAAUAAUGCUAUGAUACGAACGAAUUGUCCGAUUCCUCCACAAUGCAAAUUGUUUUAUUUUGAGAUACAAAUUGAUUGCGAUGGAGACGAUAAUUUAAUAGGAAUCGGAUUUUGUACAAAGGAAGCUCGUCUAAAUAAUUUACCCGCAAUACUUUAUGAUAAUGUUAAUAAAACCUUCGUUGAUAUUGAACGGUUAAUAAGGGAAAUGAAUGAGAAAAGUAUUAGUAUUUUAUUAGAAAAACAAUUAACUAAGAACAUACAAAGUAAAGAAUUGGUUCAAGCUAAAAAUGACAUUCAGCAAUUGCAAUCAGAAAAGAAUUCUCUAGAAAUAAAAAUACUUGAUCACCAACAAACAUUAGAGUCGACAAAAGAGAAAUUAAAUCAAACAAAAACUCAACUAAAGGAAAAAGAAAAGCAAAUAGAUGAAUUAAAGAUUAGUGAAAAUCAGUUGAUAAAACAUAUAAUUACGCAUAUAGAACUUACCCAAAAAAUUAAAGCCAAACAAUCAGAAUUAGAACAUUCAAAAAGUAACUAUAUUAAGUCAUUUGAAAUGUCAGCAAAAAAGCCCGAGAUAGAGAAAAAUUUAAAAACUUUUCUAAAUGCUCAAGAAGAAAUAAUCCGUCUUGGCCAUCUUAAAACUUGUUCAGCGAAUCAGAAAAAAGAUGCAGAAACUUAUUUACAGAAACAACGUGGCAUUGCUAAUUUAGUUACAUUAGGAAAUAUACAAAAAGAAUUUAUUAUGUUAGAGAUGCAAUUGGAAGAAGAAUUAAAGGAAUUGAAAAAGAUGAAUGAAAAGCUUGUAGAAAGCAUGAAUGAAGCCUUGGAGGCUAACUUUCAAAUGACUACACAAUAUAAAGAAGAGUUAAAUGAAUUGAAAAAAGCCGAUGAAAAGGCACUGAAGGCUCAUUCUACAAAUUUAUAUAAAAAUAUUAUAAAAGAGGAAUUAGACCAAGCGAUAAUCCAACUUAAGGAAAAAGACAAAGAAAUAAAAGAAUUAUCCGAAAAAGAAAGAGAAUUAUGUGAAAAAAAUAAGGAAUUGAAAGAAAAAAUUGAAGAUCUUAGUUAUUACCUUAAAAGGGUAGAAAUAUUAGAGAAAACAGAUGUGGAAAUUGAAGAAUUGAAGGUAGAUAUUUCCAAAACACGGGAUGAAUUAGAAAAAAAGGAAACCGAAAAAAAUAAUCUAAGUAAUAAACUUGAAGAAAAAAACAAUGAAUUUGAAGACUUAAAAAAUAAAUUAAAUAAUGAAAUAAAUGAACUAAAAAAUAUUUUAACAGAAAAAGAGAAUAGAAUAAAUGAAUUGGAAGCUUCAAAAACUCAUCUGAUUAGUUUGAUAAUUAGACAUAAAAACCUUGCCCAAGAAAUUAGAGCUAAACAAUCUGAAUUAGAACAAUUAAAAAAUAACUAUACGAAAACAUUUAAAGGAUUUAGAUUUCCAAAAAAUGUUGAAUUUGCUACCGAACAGAAAAAAGAUGCAGAAUCUUAUUUGAAAAAGCAAGGUGGCUUUACUAAUUUAGAUAAAUUAGAAGAAAAGCAAAUAAAUCUUACUCAAUUGGAAAUAGAGAUGGAAGAAUUAGGGAAACUUGAUACAUUGAAGAUGCAAUUGAAAGACAUAAAAAACCUAGUAACUUGUAAUAAAAAAGAGGCAAAGCUUAACAUUAAUACACCAUCUCAAUCCUUGACACAACCAGCUUUAACACAACCAGUGCAACCACUUAUAAUUAUUAAUACAUCUGGACCAGAGGAUGCCGCCAAAAUUCUUCAAUCAUACAGCUCUUAA